AAACACAUGAUAAACACGCAAUUAUUAAAAACAGUUAACAGUUAGAAUGCGAAUUUGAGGGGGGAAAAAACAUCUUUGGCACGAGCACAUCCUCCACGCUUCCUCGUGCACGCGAAUGUUGUAGCAAACCAAGAUGGCUGCCCACAGUGCUGUGCUUUCGAUGUCCAAAUUCAUAAAUCCUUUCUGGGGUCGACGCCUUGGAAAUACGGUUCAAGUAUUUGGAACAACUGUGACAAGUCACAGAAACAAGUCCCUGCUUCCUCAACAGAGAGAAAAUAUACCCCCUCCAGCAAAGUAUGGAGGGAGACACACUGUCACCCUCAUUCCUGGAGAUGGGAUCGGUCCAGAGCUGCUCAAUCAUGUCAGAGAGGUUUUCAGGUUUAGCUGUGUUCCUGUGGACUUUGAGGUGGUGCAUGUCAACUCUGCUAUAGAGACUGGGGAUGAUAUCAAUAACGCCAUCACUGCCAUCCGCCGUAAUGGAGUUGCCCUUAAAGGUAACAUUGAAACCAAACAUACCAUGGCGCCAUCUGUCAAAUCCAGAAAUAAUCUCCUACGCACGAGCUUAGACCUGUUUGCCAACGUGAUGCAUUGCCAGUCCCUCCCUGGAGUCCAGACUCGUCACAAGAACAUCGACAUCAUGAUCAUCAGGGAGAACACAGAGGGAGAGUACAGCAGCCUGGAGCACGAGAGUGUAUCAGGAGUAGUGGAGAGUCUGAAGAUCAUCACCAGGAACAAUUCCCUCAGGAUCGCUGAGUAUGCCUUCAAACUGGCCAGGGAGAAAGGCCGACGUAAGGUCACUGCUGUGCACAAGGCCAACAUCAUGAAGCUGGGCGAUGGCCUGUUCCUGGAGUGUUGCAGAGAAGUGGCCUCUGGUUACCCAGAUAUCACUUUUGAAAGCAUGAUUGUGGAUAACACCACCAUGCAGCUGGUAUCCAAGCCCCAGCAGUUUGACGUGAUGGUGAUGCCCAAUCUGUACGGGAACAUUGUGAGCAACGUGUGUGCUGGCCUAGUGGGAGGGCCUGGCCUUGUGCCGGGGGCUAAUUACGGUCGUGACUAUGCUGUCUUUGAAACGGCAACAAGGAACACGGGGAAAAGUAUUGCAAACAAGAACAUUGCCAACCCCACUGCCAUGCUGCUCGCCAGCUGCAUGAUGCUGGACCACCUUAAGCUUUAUGAGCACGCUAGUUCCAUCAGAAAUGCUGUCCUCACCACCAUGAAUGAAACUCGGUUGCACACAGCUGAUAUCGGAGGUCAGGGCACCACAUCAGAGGUGGUUCAGUCCAUCAUGAGGUUCAUCCAGAGUAAAGGACAGCUUACAUCUGACCUGUAAACAUUUACACACUCACCAGAGAUAUACAGGUGUGUGUAACUGGGAAAAGGUGUGAAGUAUUGAAAAGGAUGUCCAUGCAUGUUAGUUUCCAUAGCACCACAUCCUAUCUCUAACAUCAAAACGGUUCUCUUUUUUUAUUCUUUCUUACCUGCACAGCUUUCUGCGCAAUUUACUGCACAAACAACCGUCUACCCACACUUGUCAGUUUCAUGUUUGUUGACUAACUGAGUUAAAAACAGUUUACGUUUGAUAGAAUAGUAUUUAACUGAGAAACACAGGAGAAAUAUAUCUGUAAGAAGAUAUUAAUAUAAGAUAUAAAUCAUCAGGUACUGUCAGUUGAAAUACUGUGGUCUUGAAAAUGUUCGGAAAGAUUCUUAUUCAGCACGUCAAUCACCAAACAGACUGGGCUUAGAAAGGCCUAAAAUUUCCUAUUAGGAGCAUACAGUAUCAACUCUCCUUUCUUCAUUGCAGAUCAUUAUUUAUUUUUGAAAUUGCAGCUCUGUUACAGCCUUCAAUCAACAAAAAUGUGCAAUGCAGAUUCAACGCCUUAACUUUCUUUUUCUUGAUACUGUAACUGUAAUGCCAUGAUGCCUGUUUUACACUGCAGUGUCCAUUGUGUUCACAUCAGAUCAACUGUUAAUAUCAUAUAUUUACUGUAUUAUAAGAAAAGGUGUGCAUCAAAUGAUGCCAAAGGUCAACUGUUGUGUUUGUGCCAUUAUUACAUUUUUCCUUAAUCAUAUAAGAGAAUACGGUUGUCUUAAUUUGAAAAGAACGGUUAUCAUGUCUGUGGAUGGGUAUAAAUACUGUAUAACUUGAAUAUUAUCAAUAAAGAUAUAAUGUACAUGAAA